AUGUUGGCCCAGUUCGCCGCUCAGUACCACGAGGAGCUGAUCACGGCCAUAGAGGCAGCUGUGAUCAGCUAUGGGAUCUACACACUUCUGCUUUACCCUCUUUACUUCCAUCCUCUCGCGAGAAUUCCUGGUCCUAAAAUAUGCGCACUGACGAAAUACUGGAUCCUUUUUAUCAGCUGGUCAGAACACCGAAACAGGUACGUCCACCAACUCCACAAGAAGUAUGGACCCAUAGUGAGGAUUGGCCCCGAAGAAAUUGAUAUCUCUGACCCUGAAUAUCUCAAAGAUAUCUAUAUCAAUAAUUUUGAUAAGACCAGUUUCUACACUCAAUUCGCCAAUUUUGGCUCCUUCAAUACUUUCUCCACUGUCGAGAAAAAAACGCACAGAGAUAGCAGGAAGGUGUCUGCCAAGCUUUACUCCAAAUCUAAUGUUGUUUCGGAACCGUUUCAGGCGAAAAUCCGGACCGUGAUGAGCUCUCUCCUCAAAAUGCUCGAACAAAACCAGGACAAACGACUCAACACGUUUCAUUUGUGGUCUGUCAUGGCAAUGGACACCAUCACGAGUUUUUCGUUCGGAAGCAAGGUGUGCAAGUCGCUGCUGGAUGAUUUUUUUGGGGAAGGAGAAGCAGUCAUCAAAGCUUUCAUGAUUCAGUCAUCGUCGUGGUUCUGGACUACUCAGAUGCCACAGCUGUACGACUGGGCGGUCCCUUCGUACGUUCGCAAGGCAUCCAAAAUUGCCUGCGACUGGAUCAACAGCCAGUUCAGCGAGUGCUUGGAGAAAGAUUCCGGAAACACAAACACACUGGUCGGUGUCCUUAUGGGGACGAACGGCGCACGACUGUUUGACGCUCGUCGGGCACGGUCUGAGAUUUUCGACCACGUUGCUGCUGGCCACAACACCACGGGGACAACGCUUAGCUACUUUUUCUACGAACUGGCACGUGACCCUGAGAAGCAGGAAAGACUCAGGGCUGAGCUCGCAGGUCUGAAUGGAGGAAACCUUGCAACCGGCGACCACGGGUCGCUGUUAUACUCCGACAUAGAGCAUCUUCCAUAUUUAUCGGCAUUGACGCAGGAAGUCUUCCGUGUUUACGCAGCCAUCCCUGGCCAGGAGCCCCGUCGAGCUCCUAAAGGGGGCUUCCGCUGGAGAGGCUCCAAAGAAACACCAUCGACAUAUAUCCCUGAAGGAACUAUCGUUGUCAUGCAGCCGUGGUCGUUGCACCGCGACCCAGCUGUCUUUGAGCAACCCGAAGUGUUCAAUCCGGACAGGUGGCUUGUUGACGACGAGCAAAAACUAGCAACAAUGAACAGGCAGAUGAUGCAGUUUGGGUCUGGCUCCCGCAUGUGUCUAGGGUUGCACAUUGCUACCUGCGAAAUCAAGCUAUGUGUCAGCAACGUGGUUAGCAGGUACGAGGUGUCCCUAGUCGAUGGGUACAACUACGAAGCGAACGCACAAAUGAAAGAUAUCUACACGACGAUUCCAAAAUCUGGAGACAUGCCUCUCAAAUUCAGGGCUCUUGCGGUGUAG